ACCGUUCCUGGGUGCGAUUUUUUCCCCCUUUUUUUUCCUUCCCUUUUCCCCCCACCCCCAACUUUGCUUUUUUUGUGAAUGAAAAAAGGAGGUCGUGAGCGGUCCCUGGGACUGCGGCGCUCGGCGUCUUAAGGCUUCGCGCGUGCGGCGGCCUCGCCCGGCGUCUCGCUCUCCUGCGCGCCGUCCGCAACCUCCGCAGCGCAGCCGGGCGGCGGCGCGGCCCAGCGGCCUGAGGUCCGAGCGGCGGCGCGCAGUCCGGCUCCACAAGCCUCCAUGACAUUGGGCGCCCGGGGCGCGCGGAGAUGCUGAUCCGGAAGAGGCAGUGGCUGCAGUGCAGCGCGCGAGGCUGCUCACGCGCCGCGGUCCGGCCUGGGCUCCUGUGCCAGAGUUUCUGAUCGCACCCGAACCGGGACCCCAGGAAGCUGAAUCCCCGGCACAGAGCAGCGGCGUCGGCGGCGCCCCAACUUGCACGCGAGGAGUGACCCCAGACAUCUCACUAAAAUGAACGUGCUUAGCAGGAAGAGAUGUGUUCCCUACACUAGAAAUUACCCCGUCACAUGUAGUGGUGUCCCAAUUAAUGGAUUCUGACAUGGAUUAUGAAAGGCCAAACGUAGAGACCAUCAAGUGCGUGGUGGUGGGGGACAACGCCGUGGGCAAGACCAGGCUCAUCUGUGCCCGGGCCUGCAAUGCCACCCUCACCCAGUACCAGCUUCUUGCCACCCAUGUGCCCACAGUGUGGGCCAUUGACCAGUAUCGAGUAUGCCAGGAGGUGCUGGAACGCUCCCGAGAUGUGGUAGAUGAUGUCAGCGUCUCCCUGCGCCUCUGGGACACAUUUGGUGACCACCACAAAGACCGGCGAUUUGCUUAUGGAAGAUCUGAUGUGGUGGUUCUGUGUUUCUCCAUUGCCAACCCCAACUCCCUCCACCAUGUCAAGACCAUGUGGUACCCAGAAAUCAAGCAUUUCUGCCCCCGAGCUCCUGUCAUUCUGGUGGGCUGCCAGCUGGACCUGCGCUAUGCUGACCUGGAAGCUGUUAACAGGGCCAGGAGACCCUUGGCUAGGCCCAUUAAGCCUAAUGAGAUCCUCCCUCCAGAGAAGGGUCGGGAAGUGGCCAAGGAGCUGGGGAUCCCUUACUACGAGACCAGUGUGGUGGCCCAGUUCGGUAUCAAGGACGUCUUUGACAAUGCCAUCCGGGCUGCACUCAUCUCCCGCCGUCACCUGCAGUUCUGGAAAUCUCAUCUGCGCAAUGUGCAGCGGCCUCUACUGCAAGCACCCUUCCUGCCCCCGAAGCCACCACCCCCCAUCAUCGUGGUGCCCGACCCCCCCUCCAGCAGCGAGGAGUGCCCCGCCCACCUCCUGGAAGACCCGCUCUGUGCGGAUGUCAUCCUGGUGCUGCAGGAACGCGUGCGCAUCUUUGCCCACAAGAUCUACCUCUCCACCUCCUCCUCCAAAUUCUAUGACUUGUUCCUCAUGGACCUGAGUGAGGAGGAGUUGGGGGGCCCCUCAGGGCCUGGGGGCCCCCACCCAGAGGACCACCGGGGCCACCCUGAGCAACACCACCAUCAUCACCAUCACCACCAUGGGCGGGACUUCCUGCUUCGGGCAGCCAGCUUUGACGUGUGUGAGAGUGUGGAUGAGGCUGGGGGCUCUGGUCCUGCUGGCCUCCGGGCUUCAACCAGUGAUGGGAUCUUAAGAGGUAAUGGAACAGGGUACCUGCCAGGCAGGGGCCGUGUGCUCUCUUCCUGGAGCCGAGCUUUUGUGAGUAUACAGGAAGAAAUGGCAGAGGAUCCUCUGACCUUCAAAUCCCGGCUGAUGGUGGUGGUGAAGAUGGAUAACUCCAUUCAGCCGGGGCCCUUCCGGGCUGUUCUCAAGUACUUGUACACAGGGGAGCUAGGUGAAAAUGAGCGGGACCUCAUGCAUAUCGCCCACAUUGCCGAGCUGCUAGAGGUCUUUGAUCUACGUAUGAUGGUGGCCAACAUUCUCAACAACGAGGCCUUCAUGAAUCAGGAGAUCACCAAGGCCUUCCAUGUUCGCCGGACCAACCGGGUGAAGGAGUGCUUGGCAAAGGGUACCUUCUCAGAUGUGACCUUCAUCCUGGAUGAUGGGACCAUCAGCGCCCAUAAACCCCUACUGAUUUCCAGCUGUGACUGGAUGGCUGCCAUGUUUGGGGGGCCAUUUGUGGAGAGUUCUACCAGGGAGGUGGUGUUUCCAUACACGAGCAAGAGCUGCAUGAGGGCCGUGCUGGAGUACCUCUACACAGGCAUGUUCACCUCCAGCCCAGACCUGGAUGACAUGAAGCUCAUAGUCCUAGCCAACCGCCUCUGCCUACCACAUUUGGUCGCCCUCACAGAGCAGUACACAGUGACGGGGCUGAUGGAAGCAACCCAGAUGAUGGUGGACAUUGAUGGGGAUGUCCUUGUGUUCCUGGAAUUGGCACAGUUCCAUUGUGCCUAUCAGUUGGCCGACUGGUGUCUCCACCACAUCUGCACCAACUACAACAACGUGUGCCGCAAGUUCCCCCGAGACAUGAAGGCCAUGUCCCCAGAAAACCAGGAGUACUUCGAGAAGCACCGAUGGCCACCAGUCUGGUACCUGAAAGAAGAGGACCACUAUCAGCGUGCACGGAAGGAACGCGAGAAAGAGGACUAUUUACACUUGCGGAGGCAGCCCAAGCGGCGGUGGCUGUUCUGGAACAGUCCCUCAUCACCAUCCUCCUCAGCAGCGGGCUCGGCGUCCCCGUCCUCCUCCUCGGCUGUGGUCUGAGAUGCUGCCACCCUCUUCCGAUCCCGCCACUGUUGUCCUCAUUAGCCCUUGUCCUUCUGCUCUUCCUUAUCAUCCUCUCCACCCAACAGGGGACGAGGGAACUCACCUAAGCAGGGCCCUAAGGGCAGAGCCAUUCUCACCAGCCAAUGUGGCUCAGGCCAGGAGGAGCCCGGCCCUGCAGAUCAGAACAGGGUCCACCACCUACAAUUCCAGGCAGGGCAGGAAACCAUCUGCCCCAAGGUGGGGAGCAGGAAAGAGCUCAGAGCUCUUGAUAUUUUCUCUCUGGACUUGACAAUAGAGUCAGUGGAGGAAAGCUUCCCCACGUGGGCUUGUCUGUAUUGGUCUCUGCUUUGGCCAGGGAGGCAGCUUCCUCCCGAGGAGAUGGUCAUGUUUUUUUUUCCACCAACAGACUUGAGGGUUGCAAGUACCUUGUGAGCACUGUUCCGUGGGCUUACUCAAAUCCCCGCUUGAGAAGUCAGGGAGGAAAGGAGUCUGCAGGGCCCACGUCAAGGCUUCUGCGCUAUGAGUUGUGGCUGCUAGGGAGUAAACUGCAUCCUGCUAGCAUCUUUUCAGGGCUACAGGCGAUGCAGGCCUAGUGGGUGACAGCAUUGAUUCCGGGUUCAGGGUUGUAGGCAGUACAACGAGACUCUCCUACUUCCCCCCUCCUGCACUCCUCACAUUUGGUCAUGAAUGUAGAAGGGUGGGUGCUGGGCUCAGCAAUCCCAUGAUCCUCUAGGCCUCUCCCCCUGUCUCUGGGCUAACACUGCUUCUUAUGGGGUGGGGCAAAAGCAGCCCAACAAAUGACAAUUCAAAAGAAAGUCACCACCAAGACCACUCUAUCCUGUCCCCCUCAUGCCCCAGCCCAAGAAUGAAACCCUGAAAGAGACCCUGUAGGACUUGUACCCUCCAUAUCUGAGGAUGCUGUUGCCUGGGACUCGAUUGUUACAGGUUGCAAGGUUGCAGGGAAGGUUUUGACUUCCAGGCUGAAGUGGCUCUGGACUUUCCCAUCUUGAUGCAGGCUAGCCCCCUCUUCCAAGGGUGACUUCACAGGAUGUAUACAGAGCAUGUGCUUUCGGGGACAGGGUAGGUGGGGUGGGAGUUCUGGGCACAGGUUAAAUGCCAGCAAAGGACACACUGGGAAACAGGACACACGACCCAACCCGGUACUGGUUGAGGAUAAAGGGAGGAGAAAAUGUUAGUCCGGAGAGGAAUCUUAAGUGACUAGAGAAUGAACACAAUAGCUUGAAACCCCCCCUGGGACAAACACCAGGCCUCAGUUGACCCUUCCCUUUUCCUAAUUAUGAUCCAUACUUCACCACCUUUUAGCAUAUUUUAGACUUAGGAGGUGAAGUCCCAUGAGGCAGUGGGAAGUACUGACUGAUUCCCCGGGACAUGGAUAGGCUGCUUGGGUCUGGGAUUAAAGCAAACCCAGAAACAAAUGCAUCCUGCCUUGUCAGAGGGAAUAGGCAGUAGCAGGUCUCACAUAGUACUGAAAUCCAGUCUGUGCCUGGAACGGCCAAGACAGCGGCUACCCUUUGGGUUAAGUCCUCCAGACUUGCCAGCUGGGGAAGUGCGUUGGGUGCUGCCCUCUGCUGGUUAGUGCGCCCUCCUGCAGCUGAGUUCUAACCGGCUUCAAGUGUGAAGAUGAGGUGUCUAUAAACACAGAAAAGGUGAGGCAGCCCCUCACCGUCUUUGAGGACAGAGUUAGGGGUACAUCUCCUGGGAGUAAUAAGUGGAGUCCAUCCCUAAAGAGGAAGGGUAAUUGGGUCUCCCAUUCGAGCAACUUGGGCAUCACUGGUGAUGAUGGACAGGGUCAGUGGGAGAAUGUGAAGCUUUGUGGAUGGUGGAAGCCCAAGGAAGUCCAUGCCCCAACCUGGCCAGUUCACCCCUCAGGGACCCACCCCACCCCCACAGCUGUCAGAGCCAGUGUGCACCAGGUGGAGCCCUACAGCCUCCUAGGGCACUGAGUGAGCCAGGAGAGGGGAGGUGCAUAUUGUAGUCCCUUAAGACAUGGGUGCUCUGGAUUCCAGGGAGACGGAAGUAGCAGACACUCCAGCACGGGGCAAGCCUGAGGCAUAAAAGCUCCCCACAAGAGGGGGGGGCAGUGACACAAGAACAUGCUCCCCUGGACUAUGUCACUUAUGUCACGCAGUAUUGUUUUAGAGGAUGGGGGUGCAAACAAAAAAACCCCACACCUUUUUAUAUAAAGGUUUCAUAUUUAAUUUGGUCAUGAAUUCAUAAUACAUUGAGUAUUUUGUACCUAA